CGUCGUCUCACCAUGCUUUUGAUCAACUUGAAACGUAAAAACAUAUUUAAAAAAGAGUUCUUUGUCCUCUUCUUCGAUACUGUGUUCGCGAAGAUGGAAAGAAAAGCAACGGGGGGCUUUCUUACAGCUAAGCGCCCGUUUUUAAGGUCCGGGGUCGAUUCCUAUUCCUCCCCUCUUCAUUUUUGUUGACCCAGAGUCCUUUCAAUGUUCACGGUUUCCCAUUUACGUGCAUAUCCAAAUAGAAACGGAAGCAACUUGGCAAGUUCUUGUUCUUUGGUAGUUUCAAGGGAAACCCAAUUUGUCUUACUGUUCCGUGCUCGGUAUAAAAUCUGCGUCGUGGGUGUUCUUCCUCUCGAAGAGGCUCUCUCCCUCGUUCGUUCUUGUUUCGGUUGAAAAGUCAAACAGGUGGUGGGUUCGUUCGCAUUCAUUUCAACUGCGGGUUCUUUCCGGUCCCUGGCCAGAGUACAUCUUUGUCUUCCCUUCAAUUGGGUCAUUCACAUCUUUCUGGUUGCAAGUAAACUACCGGAAAGAUUUCGCCUUCUCUCUUAUCGUCCUUGGGUUUCAUACACGAUCUUACUUUGCCUGUAUUGAUUUUGCCGGUCUAUGUGAUAUAUCUGGUUCUGGGGGAUAUUCAGGGUUUCGGAAUCUCUCUUUUCUUUUCUUUUUUCUUUUUGGGUCUGUCUAAAAGCUUUGAGGUAUGAGAGGGAAAAGCGAUUUGACGGCGUGCUCGUUUGUGUUGAACACCGGAGCCAAAAUUCCGGCCAUUGGAUUGGGUACAUGGCAGAUUGGCGGUGACCUUUGCAUCGAAGCUGUAAAGACGGCAUUGUCGGUAGGGUACCGGCACAUCGAUUGUGCUCAUCUCUAUGGUAAUGAGAUUGAAGUUGGAGAUGCAUUGGCUGAAGCUUUUAAAGGCUCAUCAUUGAAGAGAGAGGAUCUUUUCUUGACCUCCAAGCUGUACUGUAGCAUGAAUUCCACCAAUAAGAUUGAGAAUUAUGUUAGAGUAUCUCUCAAGAAUUUAGGAGUUUCAUACUUAGAUCUAUAUCUUAUGCACUGGCCGGAAAUCUCAGCGUUGGGUGAUGCAACCGAUCCGCCUCUGAAGUUGGGAAGUGAGUAUAAGCAGUUUCUCAGUAGGUUGAAGAAAUCGUGGAAAGCCAUGGAAGGUCUGGUUGAGUUAGGUCUUGUUAGGGCCAUCGGUGUCAGCAACUUUAACGUUCAACAGAUCAAAGAACUGCUUAAGUUUGCCAAAAUAGUUCCUGCUGUCAAUCAGGUGGAGCUGCAUCCAUUCUGGAGGCAAGAUGAACUUGUAAAGUUCUGUCAGUUGAAACGCAUCCAUGUAUCUGCUCACACACCUCUUGGUGUACCUAGUUCAAGUCCUGCACCGUCAGAUAGCGGAUCGGGCGGGGAAGAUGAGCCUGGAACUCCCCGCAUAUCAUUUAGGAGGUCAAGAUCGGUGCAUGGGCCUAUGCUCAAGCUGUCUAUUGUAGCAGAAAUAGCAAAUAGACACCAAAAGACUCCCGAGCAGGUAAUUUUGCGAUGGGGACUGCAAAGAGGAACUAGUGUCCUGCCAUGUAGCUUGAAUGCCGACCGGAUAAGGAAGAACAUCGAGAUCUUCAGUUGGUCACUUUCCGAUAGCGAGUGGAAUCGCCUGAACCAAAUCCAACCUCAGGUGUGCUUAUUUGGGAACGGACUCACAAACAACCUCUUAGACAGCAGCUUUCUUCCUGGCAGUGUCCCUCUUCAGUCGGUGCGGGAGAUGGAAGAUGACGUGGAGUCAAAUGUUUGAUGUAAUCAGUGGUUCUUACCGUUCGACUUGUGUAUGUCGUAUAAAAGUGAAAGAAUGUUGUUUUCUUAUUCUACCGAAGUAGAUGCUGGAAGGCAAAUGUUUCAGACUCAGAUUUUUUUUCCGAAAAUGGUGUAAUACAGGAAGAAUUUUCAUCUACGGUUGGAGCUUCUGGAAGACAUGCUGGAAACAUGUGAUGGUAGGACAAUCUUUGAAACCUUAUUUUUGAACCUUCUGAAUUCUCUGCAUUUUACAGUUGGGUUUUGCUUGU